CCAUGUUUAGAAGUGUCUGCGUCCUUGAGCGAGUCGAGCGAAAAUGUUCUGUAAAAUAUUAGAUAUAGCUCAUGUAGCGUAUAUUACGUGAAGUACCUAAUUACAAUUUAACGCUCGCCGAUCACGGGUGUGACAAUUAUUUUCGUGGAUGGCUCACCUACGUUGCAGAAUUUUGUGAUUACAUUAUGUGUCACAUGUAAUGAGUGAUAAGCAAAGUGCACCUAUUUUGCCGCCCCUUUCCGGGGGUGGAGGAAAUAAUGGAGGAAACAAUGGCGGUGCAACUCAACAAACUGUCAGUCUCCAGCAGGUUCUGGCUACCGCCCAAGGACUCAAUGUACUCACCACGGGUGGUGGGCAGCAGUUUGUUAUUACUUCACAAGUUCCCGGCCUUACACAGGUUGUUACAAGCAGUGCCACAACCAGUACAAAUGUUCAGCAAGUUGGUGUUACAAGGAUUGUUAAUAUUAGUAACACACCACCGCGUGUUAGUACUGUGGGAGUUCCAGGUGCAAGUGGUUCACCUCUUACAUCACCUUCUCGUCAAACUCCAACUAAAGUUGUAUUGGCAACCUCCCCUAAACUCGUACGGACUUCUAUGGGAAACAUGUUUAUUGCGCCUACUUCUCAAGUUUCAAUGCAAUCACCACCAGCAAGAAAAAGAUUGAAACUUACAGAAAAUACAGAAAAAAUAACUGCCACUGCAGAUGAUGCAAUGGGUUAUAGAAGACGUAUUAUGGAACAUAAAAUGAAAAGGAUGAGAGCGAUAAGAGAAAAAUAUGCUGAGAAUGCUUCAGAGUUAUUCUUUCUUCAUGCUGGUGGCAAUAUGAUGGAUUUUCAAGCUUGGAGAAAACGGCCACCUACAUCACAGUAUUUACAUUUUUUAAGGCAACAUAGAUUAGAUACGGAAGACAAUAAUGAAGAUUUAUCGGUUCCAUUACCAUCAAUACCAGAAAUUUCACUACCUCCGGUUACAUCUGCCUCAACUACAGUUCCUACGAACCAGAGUGCAGAAGUGAAGAUUUCUGGAGUUGGUGUAACUCCAGUUGCAGUAUCUACAACUUUACCUGCUGCUGUAGCUCAACUUAGUCAACAAGGACAAGUACCAGGUAGGCCUCAAGGGGGCCGCCAUGGCAUGGUGUUUGCCUUCCGAGCAGCAAUACAAUCUUCACCAGUCACCGUUCACCCUCCACCUACUUCUACUCUAGCACCCACGCUCAUUAUAGGAGGAACUCCAAUAGUUCCAGAAAUACCAAAACAUACAACUCCUGCAAGUCCAGUUACCGAGAAAACACCUAUCACUCCAGUUGUAACAAAAGCUCCUAGUCCUUCUAGAAGUACUUCACAACCUGUUGUUAAGCUUAUGAAAUUACCUACUAGUUCUGUAGUUUCAAAUGAUAUUACAAAUAAUCAAGAACAAAUUGUAGAGAAGGCAAAACAAGAAGCAUACGUAAUGCAAAGGAUUGCAGAGUUACAACGCGAAGGAUUAUGGUCCGAAAGAAGAUUGCCAAAGGUACAGGAGCCUGCAAGAACAAAGGCUCAUUGGGAUUACUUAUUGGAAGAAAUGGUUUGGCUAGCUGCCGAUUUUGCGCAAGAACGAAAAUGGAAGAAAGCUGCCGCGAAAAAAUGUGCUCGUAUGGUUCAAAAACAUUUUCAAGAAAAAGCUAUACAAGCUCAAAAGGCUGAAAAGUCUCAAGAACUUAGGCUCAAGAAAAUUGCUAGUUUUGUUGCAAAAGAAAUUAAGACUUUUUGGGCAAAUGUAGAGAAGCUGGUGGAGUACAAACAACAAACAAGGUUAGAAGAAAAAAGAAAAAAAGCAUUAGACCAGCAUUUAAAUUUCAUUGUAGGACAAACAGAAAAAUAUUCAACAUGGUUAACUGAAGGUCUUAAUAAGACAGAUGGUUCGCAAAGUAUUCCAGCUUCAAUAAAUAGUUCACGCAUUUCCUCGCCAGUACCAAUUGGAAAAUCUCACUCUGAUGAAGAGUUUCAGCCAAAUCAAAGUUCAGAUGAUGAUGAAGAGACUAUUGCUAAAGCUGAAGAAGAAAUGAAAUCAACUGUAGAUCAAAAAGAGGAGGUUGAAUUAUUAAAAAAAGAAUCGGAAAUGCCUUUAGAAGAUCUUUUGAAAGAUCUACCGCCGAAUUAUUUGGAAGAACGAAAUAAAAGUUUAUCGCCCAGUGGAAAAGAAGUUGAGGAAACGGAAAAUGAAAAAACUUCUGAUGGAGACACUGAUUUUGUUGCUGCAUCGGAUGAGUCUACAGAUGAAGAAGAUACUAUAUUGGAACAGGAAAAAUUGGAAGAAAAUACAGAUCACAAACAGGAGUUGGACGAUCUUAAGGCAGAGAAUGAAAUGUCUAUUGACGAGCUUAUGGCUAAAUAUGGUAACAUGUCGAAUGUACCAAUGGACGUGGAUGAAGAUGAUGCUCAAGAUUCUGAUAAAGAAACGGACCAAGAAAAAACACAGGAGAACGAAGAGCAAGCGAGUAGUAGCGAGAGUGAAAGUGAAGAAAGUGAUGAAGCUGGAGAAGAUUCGCAAAUUCAUAGCGAUACAGAAACAGAUGUAGGCCUAAAAUCUCUGCUUGAAGAUCCAUCUACUGAGAAAUCGUGUGAUAACAAGAUUUCAGAAACGGAUCAUGUAGACGCUCAUAAUGAAAUGGAUAAUGUUGCAGCUUUAGCAGAAAGCAUACAACCUAAGGGAAAUACAUUGCUCACUACUUGUGUCGUUACAAAAAUCCCGUUUCUUCUGAAACAUUCACUUCGGGAAUAUCAACACAUCGGAUUGGAUUGGCUUGUUACUAUGUACGAUAGGAAGUUGAAUGGAAUUUUAGCUGACGAAAUGGGUCUGGGAAAAACUAUACAAACGAUUGCAUUAUUGGCACAUUUGGCUUGUGAAAAGGGUAACUGGGGUCCUCAUCUUAUAAUAGUACCAACCUCUGUAAUGCUUAAUUGGGAAAUGGAAUGUAAAAAAUGGUGUCCAGGAUUUAAAAUAUUAACAUACUAUGGUACGCAAAAGGAAAGAAAACAAAAGAGAACAGGGUGGACAAAACCAAACGCUUUUCAUAUAUGUAUUACAUCUUAUAAACUCGUCAUACAAGACCAUCAAAGUUUUAGAAGAAAAAAAUGGAAGUAUCUUAUUUUAGAUGAAGCUCAAAAUAUAAAGAAUUUCAAGUCACAAAGAUGGCAAUUAUUAUUAAAUUUUCAAACGCAACGGCGAUUAUUACUAACAGGAACGCCUCUUCAAAAUAAUUUAAUGGAGUUAUGGUCCUUGAUGCAUUUUUUAAUGCCAAAUGUGUUUCAAUCUCACAGAGAAUUUAAGGAAUGGUUCAGUAAUCCAGUUACGGGAAUGAUCGAAGGAAAUAGCGAGUACAACGAGAAUAUUAUUCGUCGUCUACACAAGGUACUGAGACCUUUUCUUCUAAGAAGAUUAAAAACUGAGGUAGAGAAACAAUUGCCAAAGAAGUACGAGCAUGUCGUCAUGUGUCGAUUGUCAAAAAGGCAGAGAUACUUGUACGACGACUUCAUGUCUAGGGCCAAGACGAAGGAAACCUUAGCUAGUGGAAAUCUGUUAAGCGUUAUUAACGUAUUGAUGCAAUUACGCAAAGUCUGCAAUCAUCCUAACUUGUUCGAAGUCCGACCUACCGUCUCACCGUUUCAAAUGGAAGCAAUAGAAUUUAUUACAGCUUCGUUAGUAUGGAAUGCCCUUGAUUACGAUCCAUUUAAACAUGUUGAUCUGUCCACAUUGAAUCUUUUAUUGAUCGACUUGGAAUUUACGUUGGCAGCAUUUGGAGCACAUAGAAUAAAGCGCUUACAAACUCCCGUAAAACUGAUAGAAGAAAUAGACAGUCAGUCGGACCCACCUCCUAGGUGUCCUUCUGGAAAAAUUAAAAUCAAUGUCAGAUUGUCGAAUCAAGUUAAACAGUCGUCGACUCCACAACCAGCCCAAACUAAAGUUAAAAAUCUAGCUGGUAUACUUCCAACUCCUAGAGUAGGCACGUCACCAUUGAUAAAAUCUUUGAACAAUCAAAGUACUCCAGCUCAAGGCGUAACAUUGCGAGUCGCAGGUGGUCAACAACUGCAAGGGUAUUCCGUACAGUUGGUUCAACAUCAAGGCAGUGUGAAAGCUAUCCCUGUUGGAACAUUGGCACAUAACUCACAAAGUACAACGAUCACAUCAACAACAGCAUCUAUGAAUGCACAAAGGAUUACAGUUGGGAAUGCAAAUAUUCGAGAUGGACUGCAAAGGUUGGCUACACAGACAGUUACAGUCAAACAAGGUGAUUCCGUCCAGAGAAUACCAGUACCCGGUUUUGCACAGCUGGUUCAAACCUCUACUGGUAGACAUAUCAUUUUGACUUCAAAUCAACAAAAUACUAACACAGUUUCAUUCCCCGUAAUGACGCCGAGUGGACAACGAUUAACAGUUCUAUCUAAAUCUCUAAUGGGCCUAUCUACUUCUGCGACCACGGUAAACAAGGUCGUUGGAGGAGUCGUUACGACUACGAGCGGUACUAGUGGGAGACCGGUAAUGAGGGUUCCACCUCUGAAUGUCGCUGCGUCUCAAGGACAGUCGACUGCUGGUAACGGACAAACCACGCAUCAACAAACAUUGCGCUGUGGUAUCAUCACGAGGCACGCGCAAAAAGAAUCUGAAAAGGCACAAGCAAAGGAACAGCCUAAAUCAGAAUUUCAUUUGCCACAAUUGGAGGAAGAUCGAAAGCAAAGAAGACAAGCGAAACUUCGUUUAUUGGCAAACAUUAACGAGAGGCGAUGCGCAGCUUGUCCUUUAUACGGCGAAGAUUUAUUUACUGCUUUAAGAAUUGGGAAACCAUCCACAGCCUGUCGUUGGCACAACGGUCUCGUACAUUGCGAAACAGCAAAGAUACCUAUUCGUACACGGAAGCAAUUUUUCUCCUGUACGGAAGCGUUAGCAGAAGCAAUACGAAGUACGGAACAAAUUGUCGAAGAGCUUAAAGAAAUUUUCGAAAGGUUCGUGGUUUACGUUCCUGCUGUACGCGCGCCAGUACCGCGCUUCCACGUCUCUCAUCCACCGCCACAUAAACUUUGGAGUCAGCGUCGUAUGCAGAUAGAACUACAACACGAAUUGUCACCAAAAAUGCAAUUAUUUCAUCCGGUGACCAGUUCGAUGAUAACCCAAUUCCCCGAGCCUAGAUUAAUACAAUAUGAUUGUGGGAAAUUACAGUCGUUGGAUCUUCUUCUUAGAAAAUUGAAGUCUGAAAAUCAUAGAGUUCUCAUUUUCACUCAAAUGACGAGGAUGUUGGAUGUACUAGAAGCUUUUCUUAAUUUCCAUGGUCAUAUUUACUUGCGCUUAGACGGCACUACUAGAGUAGAUCAACGGCAGGUUCUAAUGGAAAGGUUUAACGGCGACAAACGAAUAUUUUGUUUUAUACUAUCAACGAGAUCCGGUGGUGUCGGUGUAAAUUUAACAGGAGCAGAUACAGUUAUAUUUUAUGAUAGUGACUGGAAUCCGACGAUGGAUGCUCAGGCACAAGAUAGAUGCCAUAGAAUAGGUCAAACGCGCGACGUACAUAUCUACAGAUUGGUAAGUGAAAAAACUGUAGAGGAAAAUAUUUUGAAAAAAGCGAAUCAAAAAAGAUUACUUGGGGACCUUGCUAUCGAAGGUGGAAACUUUACAACAGCUUACUUUAAGAGUUCUACUAUUCAAGAUCUCUUUAACAUCGAUCAUUCUGAAAACGAUGCGUCUACCAGAAUGGCAGAAGUACUCGAACAGAAAGAUCGAGAGAAAUCCAUGACUAAGGAUUCCUCGGUCGUACAGGUACCUUGCUUGUCUCAGCAUGUCGAAGAUAAAAUGGCAAUGGGUGCUCUUGAAAGUGCUCUUGCCGCUGCGGAAGAGGAUCUUGACGUUCAAGCAGCUAAAACAGCGAAGGCUGAAGCAGUUGCAGAUUUAGCAGAGUUUGACGAGAAUAUACCAUUGGAUGACGCUGACAAAGAAGAUACUCAAUUUAGCAAAGCGGAACAAGAAGUACAGAAUUUAGUGUCUCAGUUAACACCAAUUGAACGAUACGCGAUGAAGUUUGUGGAAGAAUCCGAAGGCACGUUCUCAGCCGCACAGUUGGCGGCCGCCGAACGUGAACUCGAAGAACAGAAGAAAGAAUGGGAAAUGGAUCGUUUACGUGCGCUUCGUGAAGAAGAGGAAAGACGGAUGCGACUGGCUGACGACGACGAGAAACCCCUGACGUUUGGACGUGAGGACGCGCAGAAUCAGGUUAAUAGUGCUAAUAAUUCAAAGAAAUUAGUUAAUAAGAAAGUUCCGCAAGGUAGGAGGAGGAGGAGAGGCUCGCGUAAAAGAAAUAGUAGAAGUACUCGAGAAUCUUCUGAGAGCGAAACAGAAACUACGACAGAAUCUGAUUCGGAUUCUCAGGAGGAAGAUGUUGUAGAGGAUAGUCUCGAUGAGGAAUCCAGUCAUACGGAAAGUCAAAGUCAAGGUGACGAAGAGGACGAAGAGGAGGAGACUGAUAAUCGAAACGAUUCGGAACGAGGGACUUAUCCUAAACGUAAUAAUCGUUCGAACAAACCGUGCGAUCAGAAUCAUUUUGAUUUGAACAGUCCGCGAACUAGAUCUAGGGGGAACGUAAAGAUUAAUUUAUGGACUCUCGACGUAAGUCCGAUUCUUCCUGGGAUUAAAGCAAAAUGCCGAGGUAGAUUUAGCAAAAGAAAUAAGCUUAAUCUUAAAAAGAACGAGACCACCUCUGCUUCCUCUUUGUCACAGAUUAAAAGUGAUUUGAAUACGGCUAGAAAAUCAAAUGAUUUCGAGGAAGAUCAGGAUAGAGUAAAAACAGCCAAGUCUGUCGAGGAGAGUUAUAAAAAGACUUCGUUGAAUUGUCAAGAUAAUUCUUCGAAUUUUUCAUGUCAAUUGCAACUGGAUGAAAAUCCAUUGAAAUUUCAAGAUAAAGAGAAUAACGCAGACGUGAAGUAUUCCGAAUUGUCGGAAACCGAAAUAUGCGUUCGAUCUGAACAUUCUAAAUCAGGGUCUAUAUCGAAUAACGAAGAAACGAGUUUGCAGAUGUAUAAAUGUAGUGUGAUUGUCGAAAAAUGUUUUAAUUCAACGUCGAAGAUACUUGCUAAUAACGAAACUAUAGGCGAAGAAGUUUCUGAAAUUAAAUUAGAUUCGUGUGAUAAUUCGGUUAGUAUGGAUGAUAAAAAAAGUGCGGCGGAGGCUUCCGAAAUAGAUUCUACAUCUUUGUUGAUCGAAACCGAUAAGUCUUCCGAUUAUAUCAUGGAACAUAGGCAAGAUAAAUUAGAGAUUAAAGAUCGCGCUAACGAGAGUACUCAAUCUAUCGGAAACCUAGAGGAGAACGUGAUUGUAAAUAAUAUAGAACAAGAUACGGAAUCCAAUGAGCCAGUAAUUUCUAAAGUUUUAGCGGAAGAAAUGAUCGAUAAAUCAAAUUGUUCUGUAUUAUCGGAAUCAAAUUCUCCGUAUUCGAGCAACGAUGAUAAAUCGACGUGUCCAACGCCUAACUCUAUUUCAAAAUCUACCAUAUAUCCAUAUUCGUUUUCCUCGUACGAUGAGAAUGUACAAAAUGAAAACAGUACCGACCCUGUGACCGUAGAUAACGAAGCUAAAAACGAUUCUCAUAUCUAUUUAAAGGAAUCCAAUUCGUCUUUACUGGAUGAACACAGAAGUGUCGACUCGGACGCAACGUUUCAAAGUAUCGAUAAUCCCUCUUCGAUGGAGACCGAAGAUUUGGUGAAUGAAUCCGUUACAGAGAAUUCUGUGAUAUCAAUUGAUUCUAGUCAGAAAUUUAAUGAUGAGAUCGUCAAGAAUCAGGAAACUGAAGACGACGAUAAUCUAGAACUGUCUUCUACCGUUAGUACGUUAGACGAUUCCCUUCCGACGAAUGAAACAAACCCAGACGCAAGCAAUGAAUUGUCCAAUAACUUUGAAAAGUCGGGGAUAACUAAGAAAAUAAGUUUGGAGUCUUAUAAAGAGAGCUCAAAUAUCGAAUUUAAAUCUAAAUCAUGGAAAUCUGAUAUAUCUAGUGCUCCAGGAGUAACGACGCGUAGCGCGAAAGCUGUAAUGUUGUUAGAAAAUUCUAUCAACAGUGUUGACUCGGAAUCCAAUACGAGUACGAAAUACGAGGAAAUUUCAUCGUAUGAUAAAAAGAACACGAAACAAGAAAGUAAUCGUACUGUCCCCGUUUCCCAAGCUCCAAUUGCAAAGAUAACUCUGUCUCGAAUCUAUGAUAGUAAUAAUCCACAGUCUUUCACGAGUUACAGAAUCACGAGAUCUUCUGUGAAUCAAUCAGUGACGUCGACGACGGUAGAAAAUUCGAAUGUGCAAAAGUCUCAUAAACGUCGACCAGGUACGCCAUCGUCGGAUUUAAAGCCGUUUAGGCCGAUCACUAGGUCUACCGCGAUAAAUUCACCGAGUAGAAACGAGGAGCAAGCUAGUAGCAAAGCUUAUGAGAAACCAACGACGCGUAGCUCGAAAUCAUCUCUGGAUAAUAAUGGCUUUUUGAAUCCUGUAGUGUUCCGAAGGAGUAGAUCCAUACCACCGAUGAAAUCGACCACGGAGAGCAACGAAUUGUCGUCUACUGCACAAAGUAAAACUGUUCAAAAGAAAGUAGUUGGUAGUAGUGAGAGUGCCAGUGGUAAUCAGAAGCAUCGACCAGGCACACCUGUGUCUACUAUCGAAAAAGUAUCCAGGGUGACUCGUUCUGGACAAGUCGGCAUGUUAAAUUGCUUGAAGACACCUUCCACGUCAGCGCCGGUGCUAAGGGGUAGCAGACACAUUCGAAAAACGGAUGCAUCGUUGUCGAUGAGAGGAGUAACCUCGGAGGAGCAGAAAACGUGUGAGCACAAUCUAAGCACGGAUACGAAUGGUAAUGCGGUCGCCGAAGAAGCAUUUUCGCAGCAGAACGAACCGAUCAAGUUGACCUUCUCUUCCGAAGUCAAGGAAAAACCUCAACGAACCGCCAAAGUCGUAGCCAUUCUUACGCUCGAUACGAGAAACAAUCAUAAUUCGAAAACGAAUAAUAGCAAGAACGCGAAUUCUGCGACGAGCGAAUCGAAAUUGUCGAAGAAACAUUCCGACAACGUUCCUGAUUUGUCGAGCAAGCACUGCGUGACACGAUUGUCGGAUGUUCCUGUGAAUUUGAAGAACGACAUGAAACAUGUUGGUGGGUCGACGUCGCUGUCGCAAAAAGACGGGACGUCUAACGUGGGCAGUACUUAUUUGAAUUCUAACAAAACUGUUAACGCAAAUGCAUUAAAGACUAACGCGUUGAAAUCGGCUGUGAUCGCCUUAGUCGAUAUAGACAACAACGAGUCCGAUUACGAUACAUCGAUGGAAUCCUCGAGAAGGUCAAGGAAAAAGAUGAAACGUGCGCGCUUGACCUCCUCGACCAAGUCGAUCCCCGCAGAAGGUAAAAUUGGAGAAACUCAAAUAGUAGAGACUUUCGACAACGAGGAGCUACUGAUUCAGCCAUCGAAGAAAUCCGUUCGAUUGCAGUCUCCUUCUAAUCCUCCCCCUCUUACCUCUAAACAAGAGGUGACAAUGGAUAAAUUCAGCGAUAGUACGAUAUCGUCUUGAGUCUCGCUGGAAUUUUAUUAUUGCUGUAACAUUUAGCAGUGCAUUUUUUUGUAUAUAUGUUAGUCCACGUAAGAUUUGCCGUACGCAUUAAAAAUGCCUUUCGAAUGGCACAGAAAAAAUGGUGGCGUUACAAGUACGAGAAAGGUCAAGCUCUGUUCUUCUUCUCUUCUUCUUCUUCUCCUACUACUGCUACUACCACCACCAUCAUCAUUACUACUACUACUACUACUACUACUACUACUACUACUACUGCUACUACUACUGCUACUACUCUACUACUACUCUACUACUACUACUACUACUACUACUACUACUACUACUACUACUACUACUACUACUCUACUACUACUACUACUACUACUCUACUACUACUACCACUCUACUACUACUACUACUCUACUACUACUACUACUACUACUACUACUCUACUACUACUACUACUACUACUACUACUACUCUACUACUACUACUACUCUACUACUACUACUACUACUACUACUACUCUACUACUACUACUACUACUACUACUACUACUCUACUACUACUACUACUCUACUACUACUACUACUACUACUACUACUACUACUACUCUACUACUACUACUACUACUACUACUCUACUACUACCACUACUACCACUACUACCACUACUACCACUACUACCACUACUACCACUACUACUACUGUCACUACUACCACUACUACCACUACUACUAUCUAUCACUUCUCCAGUCUUUCUUUGUUUCGAAUAUAGUUCUUGUAUAUAUAUAUAUGUAUAUUGAAAGUAUAUAAGAUGUUCUUUUUUUUUCUUUCUUCUUUUAUAUCUACUUGAGGGCACACAUGUAAUAUUUUCUAGUAUUGUAAAUUGUGCCCUACAUUGUAAAGAUUCGAAAAAACGUUCGUACGGUGGCAUUGUAAUUUAUACAUUGAUAAUGUUAAGUGAAAUAUUCAGGAAACAAAAACACACACACAUACACACACACACACGAUUGUAUUAUAUUAGUUAUAUAUAUAUAUUAGACACAGUAAAAGCUGUUGUGUCCGCAUAGCUUUUAGAUUGAACGGCGUCGGAACACAAAAGCCCGUAAAAAAGAAAAGAAAAAAAAACCAAGGUGUGUCGAAUCUAAACGCAAUGAGAAAGAGUUUAGAGGUCAUGAAUAUUAAGGAAAAACGCGCCGUACUUCUGCUCUCGUAAACAAAAAAAAAAAGAAAUAUACCUUGCGCCACACAUAGAUCGGCAAGGUGUGAUGACCUGAUUAUAUCUUAGCUGUAAGACUAUUCGUUCAUCAAUAUGCCCUUUUCUCCUCCAGUGUAAUACUUAAGUUGCGUGCCUGUUUUUUGUAUGAUCGAGUGAGUCCGAGAAAGGAAAAUAAACAAAGUAUUCCUUACUACGAAAUAAAAAGCUAACAAAA